AUGCCUGCGCAGGACGGGCGCUGGGGGCGCAUCUCGGAGCAGCGGGCCAGGCAGCUGCAGCGCCAGGUGCAGGCCAAAGAAGAGCGGAUAGUUGAACUGGAAACAGAAAAUGCUGUUCUUCACCUGCGACUGGCCCAGUACCGAGGAAUGAGUGGGAAGGGGGCCGGCACGGCCGCCCAGCUCUGCUCCAGGUGCCCUGAGCAGGAGCCCCCGCGGAGAAGCACAACCCUGGCCGCACCCCAGCUCUGGCGCCACAUUCAGGCCCUGAAGCACGACACAGAGGCGCUGCGAGCUUCUUCCCUGGAGGUUUUCAGAGCUUGCCGGGAGCACCUGCAGGACGGGCUUUCUGAGGUGGUGGCGGCCAUGCAGAGGGCACCGCUCUGCCAUGAGGCUCUGCUAGCCUGGCAGUCGAAGGUGGGCCGCCUCGAGAGGUCCUUGCAGGAGGUGAGCGCGCUGUAUGAGCUGGAGAGGCAGAAGAGGAAGGUGCUGCACAACCGUUUGGUGGAGCUGAAAGGGAAUGUCAGAGUUCAUUGUCGGAUCCGCCCUCUGCUGCCUUCUGAUGAGGAAUUGGAUGGUCGAGCUUCCCGGGACAGCUUGGCGUCCGCAGGAGUGGUCCACGCCGUGGACGACGAAACCGUCCUGGUGAGAUGGGACCGUCCGGCUCACCGCUCGAUCCACAAGACGUAUAGUUUCGAGAGGGUUUAUGGUCCGGCAGAGUCUCAGCAAGUGGUGUUUGCGGAUGUGUGCCCGCUGCUUACGUCUCUCCUGGACGGGUACAACGUCUGCAUCCUGGCUUACGGGCAGACCGGAUGCGGGAAGAGCUACACCAUGCUGGGUCCGCGUUCUAAGGACGAGCGUGGCGACCUCGGAAUCGUGCCCAGGGCUGCUGGGGAGCUCUUCAGGCUUAUUUCAGAAAACCCAUCCAGGAGCCUGAAGGUUGACGUGUCCAUAGUGGAAGUGUAUAAUAACGACAUUUUGGACCUUCUGGCCAAAGAGCGGCAUCCAGCGGUGUCUGGGCCCCCGCGGGAGGCGCCAAUGACCAAGGCCACAAAGCGGGAGGUGGCGCUGCCCACCCGAGUGCCCGUGCACAGUGCGGAGGACUUCGUCGCGCUUGCUGCUGGAAGCCUGCAGUUCCGGGCACGGCUCGCCACCAGUGUGCACGCCUGUUCUUCCAGGUCCCACCUGAUAAUAACGGCCACUCUCACCGCAGCCCCUGCCGGCGGCAGCCCCGCGGACGGGCAGUCACUCAGACCACAGCUCCAGGGGCAGCCAGCAGGCGGCAGAGCCUCACCCGGGUCCCCCGGGGCCCAGCGAUCGGGGGAGCAGGUGCACGCCAAGCUGCAGCUCGUGGACCUGGCGGGCAGCGAGUGUGCGGGUGUGUCUGGAGUGACAGGAACGGCCCUCAGGGAGACUUCGUUCAUAAACCGGAGCCUGGCAGCCCUCGCGGACGUCCUGGGGGCCCUGGCGGAGCACAGAGACCACAUCCCCUACCGCAACAGCCAGCUCACCCGCUUUCUCCAGGACGUUCUCGGUAACGUGAGGGUCCCCCACCCGGAGAGGCCCCAGACCACAGGACACCCGGGUGCCACGCCACCCUGUCCCCUGCCCUGGGGGGCCUUGCUCCUCCUGGCCAUACCUCCCUGGGGGACGUCCCGGCCCCCAGGUCACUGUGCACUCCCUGCACGUUCUCUGUGUCACUGUGCACUGGGCUGCUUGGUUUGCACGGGCCUGGCAAGCUCCCCGGGUAGGUGCUCGGCUCCUUUGUGUCCCGUGUCCCAUCCUGUCGGGUAUGCGGAGGGCUCGCGCUGCUGA